AUGUCCAAUCCUAUUGCACCAUCAGCACCCUUCAGAGAUCCACAGCUAGGCUUCCUUUAUGCUACCCGACAGUAUUUUAAUAUCCGUCGUGACCCAGAUGAUGACUAUGGUACUCGACUAAUGUUAGUCGAGAAAGCUGCUGAAGGUUUCAUCAUUGAAGCAAAAAAAUUAGGCAAACAAAAAGAAGGAGAAUGGCUUGCUCGUCAAUUGCUGAAGGUAAAGCGAGGUACUCCCCAAGCGGUUUGGGAAUGUUGUGUUCGUCUUUACUGCAAAGAAUCAUUUCUUUACAAGAAAAUGAAUGAAUAUAUGCGGCUAGUAGGUGACAAAGAGCAUGACGAUCUCUGGAAAACUAAAAUUCCUACAUAUGGUCCGUUUGCCUUUCUUCUUCUUUGGCGCGACACGGCGGCUUACACAAGAGAUACGAAAACGACUGUAUAUCGAGGAGCCAAUUUGUCUGAUGAUUUAAUCGCACAAUAUCGACAAAAAUGUGCAGCUACUUCCAAAUGUCAAGAUCAAGUGGAAUUUCCUUCAUUUACAUCGACGAGUCGAAAUCGAAUGAAAGCGGAACAAUUUGGCAAUGUGCUUUUUGUUAUCGAUAUAAAUGAUUUUAAGGGUCGUGAUGUGUCUGCUUACUCGGAAUACGAUGAAGAAGAACAUCUACUUGCUCCAAAUUUUCUCUUUUAUGUUCGGUCGUGCACCUUCGAUGAGAUAAAGAAAAAAUGGAUGAUUCAUCUUCAAUAUGACUAA